AUGACUGCAAGUAUUGUUUUUGAAACUCUAGUUGGCUUGUCUUGUUCUUGGCGAUUGACAUGUGUAAUUGCAUUACUGCAAUCUUUUAGACUAGAACGCGAAUCUAUACCAAGUGCUUUGGUUGCAGGUACUUGUACUAAUCCUCUCAUUCGCCGCGAAUGGCGCGAGCUGACUGAGAACCAGCAAAUCGACUAUCUUAAUGCAGUAAUCUGUCUAAAAAUGGCACCCAGCAAACUAGGACCUACCAUUAAUUCUCCAUCCCGUUAUGAUGACGUUUCACGUACUCAUUUUCGAGCUCUAGAUAUUGCACACGGAUCUGCAAUUUUUCUGCCAUGGCAUCGCUUAUUUCUAAGCACGUAUGAAAAAGUGUUACGUACUGAGUGUGGAUACACUGGAACUCUCCCAUAUUGGGAUUGGACUGUAGAUUCUCAAGCCCCUGAAUCAUCUUCCUUGUGGAGUGAGUGGUCAUUUGGUGGUGACGGAGAUUCUAGCACGCAGGACAAUUGCAUUACGGAUGGUCCAUUUAUGUACUUUUACAGCGAAUUUGCGUUUGAAGCCUGUUUGUCUCGUACAAUUGGUGGUAAUCUUGGUCGUACAGUUAAUUUCUAUACUCCAGAAGCCAUUUUUAGAAUGGUGAGUACCACCAAAACAUACGAUGCCUUUCGUCACUCGAUUGAGGAAGGUCCUCAUAACAAUGUCCAUGUUGGAGUCGGAGGCGAUAUGGGCAUAGUUUCCAUGAGUGCAAACGAUCCUAUAUUUAUGCUUCAUCAUGCCAAUGUGGAUCGCAUGUGGACGAUUUGGCAAAGCCUUAACCCCAAGCUAGCCAACACCUAUGGUGGAUUUAACAGCGACGGUUCUCCAGCACGACCUACAGAUCCCAUAUCUGUAUAUGGUCUCACUAUUUCUCCAGUAUACAAGGUCUCUGAUAUGUUCAGUACAACUUCUGAUGCUCCGCUUUGCUACAAGUACUCUAAUUCGAUCAUGCCAGGUAUUUCUUCGACCGGCCGCCAACUCCAGAAACGCAACUACCUUCUUGAAGUUGACCAAUCCUGCAAUGCGACUGAAAUCGCUACAGCCCCCAAUGCCUACACCCAUGGUGUCAGCAAAAACUGGACACCCCAUUCUCUUGAUCGCGAAAAUAAGAGAAAGGUGCGAUGUGCAUCUCGUACACCAGAACACUUUGCACUUCAAAUGAAGUACGACAAAGCCACCAUGAAACGAAUGCGCAAAUCGGAAAAUGAUCAUUGUGCAUUUACAAAUUAUAUCAAUGCUCGAUAUCCAAACUACCAAUCUCCUUGCAGCUUGAAUAAUGUUGAAAAACAAACGUUUGUGCCCAUGAGUGAUGCUGAUGUUGCCGAAAACAAUCUUAUUUAUGCUUCAAUGAUCAAUGAUUAUCAUAGUUCAAUCGGAAAAUGA